AUGGUAAUGCCCGGCGACCAUUCCAUGCAGCGGGCGAGCCUUCAAGUGGCACCCCUCGCCAUCCGUAACAAGGGCUCCCGUCACGGCCACGGCUCUGACACCGAGAACGAUGCUUCUUUCACCUCAGUCUCGAGCAACAACAGUGACGCCACCAUCACGGACUCGAGGUCCGUCGCAGCAAACUCCAACAAGACAACAACCACCACGACCACAGCCAAGCAACCAAACGCCGCCAUCGAUUCAUCCAACGGCUCCCACAUGAAGUCGUCGUCGCGCAAUGGCCCGCGAGAGGAACCGCUGGAGGCGGACCCGGACAUGGCUCCAGCCGUCUUCCACAACUUCCUGCGGGCAUUCUUUCACUUCAAGCCGAGCUUGCUGAUGACGGACUCGACCGUUACACUGCCGCUAGCCGAGGGCGACGUAAUCCUGGUGCACUCGAUACACACCAAUGGUUGGGCAGACGGCACCCUGCUGGCAACCGGCGCCAGAGGCUGGCUGCCGACCAACUACUGCGAACCAUACGGACCCGACGAACUCAUGAAUCUCUUGAAUGCCUUACUUAACUUUUGGGAUCUUUUGCGUAGCACCUCGGUCAACGACCACGAGAUUUUCAGCAACCAGGAGUUCAUGAAGGGCAUAAUAGCCGGCGUCCGAUACCUACUGGAACGCACAAACUCUCUUACGAGAGAGGCCCCUCUCAUUCAGCGCCACGAGGGCCUCAGACGCAGCAGGAAAUCGCUAUUGUCCGAGCUUAGCUCGCUGGUCAAGACGGCCAAACGCCUCCAGGAGCACCAGCGUAUGAUUACGCCCAUAGAGGACACUAACGAUAUCAUUGACGAGAUGAUCCUGAAGGCAUUCAAGAUCGUGACGAAGGGUACGCGCUUUCUUGACAUUCUGGACGAGGACAGGAAAUCUCGAGCACCAGCAGUGACGGUCAUGGCAACGGUCAUGGAGGAGGUGACCCCGACCGUCGAUGGAAAGCCUGCAAACAGCGAACAGGCAAAGGCGUUGCGGGCGUUGACGGCCGGUGCAAGCGAAGACUCGUCGGCCGUCGGUGACGACACCACGGAGCAUACUGUCGUUGUUCGCCCGACCAACAGGCGCAUGUCGACCAUCACAUCGCCGAUUUCGGCAACCAACACGCGGAGAAUGUCGCUGGGCAGCAACCCCCACCGGGUGUCGACGGCAAUAUCACACCGAGUCUCGCUUGUACCGUCACCGUCCACCAAGGCGCAGAACCUCAUCUCGCAGCAACUGAGCGACAGCCACGAUACCUUCCUGUCUUAUCUGGGUUCGUUUAUCGGCCGCCUCCACCUGCAAUCCCAGUCCAGGCCGCACUUGUCGCUUGCCGUCAAGCAGUCGGCAACGUCGGGUGGCGAGCUACUGGUGGUUGUUGAUGUGGUGUGCGCCCACAACCGCAUGAGCCAGGAUUUUCUGGACACAUACCGCGAUGCAAUGUACGCAAGGCUCCGAGACCUUGUCUUGGCGGCACAAGAGGUUCUGACCAGCCAUGGCGGCCGCGAGAUGGAGGACGUCAUCUUCCCCCAGGACAACAGCAGACUGUUGCAGGCGGCAACGGGCUGCGUGCGGGCCACGGGCGAGUGUGUUGCCAAGACCAAAUGGUUCCUCGAAAAGAUUGGCGACUUUGAGUUUGAGCUGGAACGGGGAGCUUCGGCUCUAAACAUGGAUCUUGGCUUUUUGGAGAUUAACGUUGCCGAGGACAGGGACAAGGAUCAGGGCAUGGACGCCACCAGCAUCGCCGAGUCCAAUAAAUCAUGUUCUACCGAAGCCUCAACGGCAACCGCGACUGCGACACAGUCUGUCGCGUCGACCACGGCCACGGUGCGGCCGACGGCCCUGGCCACAAACAAGCCGCUUCCCGAAGUGCCCCAGUCCACAACCCCCGACGAGGCCCCGCGACCUCAACGAUCCCCAUCUUCUUCGCGACCGACCUCGCUUGUGGAGGAGGGUCCUGCCAGCAUGGCUUCCUCUGUGGCAUCACUGCGGCCUAUGCUGCCGCCUCUGCCGCGCCUUUCCACCUCGCUGAUGACGCAGGACGAGUACAGCCCGUCGGAGCACUCGGCCGGCCACGACAGCGACAACUAUCAUGGCUCGUUCCGCUCCGAGAGCAUGACGGCCUCCAGCUCUGGAACUGGCAGCACAUACAUCAGCCGUGACUCGGAAUCGAGCCUGGUAUCGCAGUCGUCGACGCGUGCGACAACGCCAGACAUACCGUUGGCCAACCAAAAGUCGCUGUCGGACAUUAGCAACUCUGGCAGCGGAGCCUGUGUCGUCGAGGAGGAUGAUGUCGAGUCGAGGCUGCUCGAGAGGACGUAUGCGCACGAACUCAUGUUCAACAAGGAGGGCCAAGUUACUGGCGGCUCGCUCCCUGCCCUCGUCGAGAGGCUGACCACCCACGAGUCCACCCCGGACGCCAUGUUUGUGUCGACCUUUUACUUGACCUUUAGGCUCUUCUGCACACCCGUAAAACUGGCAGAGAGCUUGAUUGACCGGUUCGACUACGUCGCCGAGUCUGCUCACAUGGCAGGCCCCGUUCGUCUGCGUGUCUACAACGUCUUCAAGGGCUGGCUCGAGUCCCACUGGAGGGACGAGACGGAUCGCGAAGCGCUGGGUCUCAUCGAGCCGUUUGCUACUUUCAAACUGGGCGAGGUGCUCCCCUCGGCCGGCAAGCGCAUCCUCGAGCUUGUCGAUCGCGUCUCUGCCAGUGGCGGCGGAGCCUUGGUCCCACGCCUGGUGUCCUCGAUGGGCAAGACCAACACAUCGAUUUCCCAAUACGUUCCUGCCGAUACGCCCAUGCCGAACCCGGUAUUCACAAAGAGCCAUGCGAACCUGCUGGCUAACUGGAGGAACGGCGGCAGCUGCCCCAGCAUCCUUGACCUCGAUGCUCUCGAGGUCGCCAGGCAGCUCACCAUCAAGCAGAUGAACAUCUUUUGCUCGAUAAUGCCCGAGGAGCUCCUCGGCUCGCAGUGGAUGAAGAAUGGAGGCGCGGAAUCGCCCAACGUCAAGGCCAUGUCGACCUUCUCCAACGACCUGUCUUCGCUGGUGUCUGACACCAUCCUGCACUACAACGAGGUCAAGAAGCGCGCAGCAGUGCUCAAGCAGUGGAUCAAGGUUGCCCACCAGUGUCUGGAACUGAACAACUACGAUGCCCUGAUGGCCAUCAUCUGCAGUCUCAACAGCUCCACCAUCACGCGUCUGCGUCGAACGUGGGAGGCCGUCUCGCCUCGUCGCCGCGAGCUCCUCAAGCAACUGCAAGCAAUCGUUGAGCCGUCCCAGAACAACAAGGUUCUGCGUGGUCGUCUGCACGGCCACGUCCCGCCCUGCCUGCCAUUCCUUGGCAUGUUCCUCACGGACCUGACCUUUGUCGACAUUGGCAACCCGGCAAUCAAGCAGCUCCCCGGCAACGAGGGCGACGGCAAGUCUCCGGCCAUCACCGUCAUCAACUUUGACAAGCACGCCCGCACGGCCAAGAUCAUCGGCGAGCUGCAGCGCUUCCAGAUUCCCUACCGCCUGCAGGAGCUCACCGAGGUGCAGGAGUGGAUCCAGGCCCAGAUUGCACGACUCCGCGAGCUAGAGACGCCUAACGAUAACGUCCAGGUCGCCUACUACCGCAAGAGUCUGCUGCUCGAGCCCCGCGAGGUCACGGCCACGCCCCAGACGCUGCGAAACUCGUCCGAGACCUUUUCCACGUCGUCGGCCACGCUCGCACCUCCAAGCGCCAGAGACUCGACCGCUGCCAACGGCAGGGCGGCAGAGAAAGCUGCUCCGUCGCAGAGGACGGAUUAUUUUGGUUGGAUGCGAGGAUCUGGCGGUAGCCACAGAGAUCAUCCUGCCACUUGA